AAUUCGUGUCAGGAAAACCAGUUGUGUUCUCCGCUGUAUAGAGAUUUAUCCAGUAGAGAGCGUUAUUAGACAGCUUAACCGGCGGUUGUUCUUGAGGUCAUGGAGGUUAGGAAGGUUGCGCCCGGUCUGGAUCGACUACACGAGUACGGCGUUUGUGGCGCGAAAAGCGAAGAUUAAGGAAUGAGUUUUGUCUAACGCGAGUCACCGCGACACGUCUUCUCUGUACUGAAAAUGUCUUCACUCAUACCAUUUCCAGCUUCAGAAAGAUCUUUGUCGCUGAAGUGGACUCGUGCAUUUUCUUUGUCCCAUUCUGAUAUGAAUAUUUCAUCUUUCACAUUUAUUCGCCGAGCGUGAAAUGCCGUCUUGUACUCUUUGAUUGUGUAGACACAAAUCAAACGAACAAAAAUUACUAUACCUGAUAGGCUUAGCGAAGUUCAGAGGUCCAUUUUAUUUGCAGUUUCAUUAAUCGCAAGUUAGAUUUAGUUGCUAUUCAUUUCCAACGUUGAUUGCGCCAAAUAUCACACGCGUCUAGCUUAAAAUCGUUUUCAGGUUACAUGUAAUCAACCCGAUGCACAAAAACAUGUCAAAAAUGUAGUCAAAACAUUUUUAAUUUAAUCUUUUUUCAUUAAAAAGAAAAUAGCAAUUCAUGCUGUCGAAAAUAUCGGCCCUUAAAGUUACAAGAAGAUGAAGCCCUCUUAAAUAAGAUGUGUGUUCACUUGAUGAUGAUUCGCGUGGACGAGAUCGAGUAACUCUUCGGCAAAUCCCGUAAAUCUUGCCAUCUUCGAGUUCUGCACACAGCUGCAGCUAGCAGGGUCAACCUGUCGAGUCCAGAAAUAGAGUUAGAGACUGUUAACCCGAUGUUUACAUCGCUGAAAACGCUGCAUGAAUGUCGGAAGGGUUUUUCCUUGGUUUUAAGCCAACAAUUUAACCACUCACGGACGUAAACACGUGCGUAGUAUAUUCACACUGGAACGUUUGCCGCUCUUGAUUCUCCUUUGAACAACCGAGGCCAGCUGUAAAUCUUUAAUGGUUUAACGUCGUUCACAAUUUAGAAACAAUAUGAUUAGAAGUAUUUCUCUCACACCAAACUGACAUGUUUACUUACAUUAUGAAACGCUUGAUUUUGCCUUUUAAAGUUUCCUUUGCAGGUGGUUGGUCACGUGGUAUUAUGCUGACUAAGACCGUGAAGCAGAAAGGAGAUUAAUAUCGAAUACAGCAAACUCUUGAAAAACUAGCAACGUAGGAUUGGACACUCGAAACUCGAAGUUAAAAAAGAAAAAAUGGUGUUAAAUAAUUUUACUGGAGGAGUAAGUCAGAAAUUAACAACUGAACUUUAUUGCAAUGGAGAGUUCACUGGAAAAGUACACAGCGAGUUGAUUUUUCUUUCAGUAUUAAAUAUUUUUCUGUCCAUUACCGCGUUUCUGGGAAACAUUUUGAUCCUAGUUGCUCUGCCUAAGGUGUCUUCGCUUCAUCUGCCUUCCAAAGUUUUGUUUGGUAGCUUGGCGGCAACUGAUAUCUGUGUUGGUGUCAUUGUAGAGCCUACGACCGUUGUCCAUUGGAUGUCUGUGGUGAAGCAAAGAUGGAAUAUUUGCUAUUACGCGACUAAGGCAAAUUUUAUCAUAAGCAACACUUUAUGCUCAGUGUCUUUGGCAAUAUCAACUGCAAUAAGCGUGGACAGACUCCUGGCGUUGUCACUGGGGCUCAGAUACAGAAAUUUUGUAACACUGAAGAGAACACUUGUAACUGUAAUCUCUUUGUGGGUUUUGUCCAUUUUGAUCACGGCAGGCUAUUAUUGGGAUCCUCGCAUAAAGUUAUGGUGUUAUUUCCUAGGCAUAUCUGUGUGUCUAGUCGCCUCAGUUUUCGCUUAUACAAAAAUUUUCGUUACUCUGCGGCGUAAUCAGAUUAAAGCUAAGAAUCAGAUGUCUCAAACACAACCGAGCCAAGCAACUCCACUAAACAUAGUUCGAUACAGAAAGGCAGUGUACAGUGCAAUGUGGGUGCAGGUAACAUUGGUUGUUUGUUAUCUGCCGUUUGCUUUAGUGGUAGCGUUAACACCUCAAAGAGGGAUGCCUUUGUCAAUUUAUCUUGCCAGGCAGUAUACAGGAACUGUAGUUUACUUAAACUCAACAUUGAACCCGCUCCUGUACUGUUGGAGGAUCAGAGAAGUAAGGAGAGUAGUAAAAGAUACAAUCAGGUGGUUCUGUAUUCUUAAACUGAGCUACACAUUACCGAAAGUUGAGCAAUAGCUAUCAUCAGGUGUUCUGAGACCCGGUUCAGAAGCCGAACUUUUCUUGAGCCAAACCUAAUUCGAAUUUAGGCCGACCCAAGUUACUUAGACCGGUUCAACAGAUUCACACUCCGAAUUAAAUUCAAAACGAGAAAAAAUAAUGCUCAUUUCGGUCAAACUGCUUGCAAAUACUUUAUAAUAAUUUAUGCAUUUAGUUCGGCACAUGAAAAGUUCGGUGUAUGAACCAAAGUCGAAAUUCCUAGCCGGGCUAGAAGGGAAGAAUGGCUGAGCCGUUCCAAAUUGAAAUAGACGUUCCUUACUGAUUAAGACGCCAUACUUUUCGACAUGUACUUAAUUCAGUGUUUUAGGUUCAGCUCAUGAAACGUUCGGCGUCUGAACCGGCCCUGACCGUGUAAAAUUUGAUUCUUUUUGUGUAGUGUAUUUGUUACUUAUUCUAUUUUUUUCCAGUUAAGUAAAGGAGACAUAAAAUGCAGUGUUUUCCUUUUUUUACUUUUGCACACCGACUGUCCUAUAACCCAAGUGGCAUUUUAUAGGUACGGUGUAGGUACAGCUCGUGUUUCUUUAGUCUAGUUUCGUCUUCGUUUCGCAUCUUAUUGGCUAAAUAGGACAAUUUAUAAUAACAAACUAAAAAAAUAAUUUUUAAGUACUGUAUAAGCUGAGAGAUAAGCACGGAAAACACCUUUUCCGGCACUUUGCAUCUAUCUUUCUUCGACCCUCUAUUUAGUUUAGUUUAAAAGCAUGCCCAGUUUAACUUUGAAUUUUGUAUACCUGCUGCGCGGUGGCGUGCAUGAAAUGUAUUAUAAAAAGGGCGCUGAUAGUAUAUCCGAUCGCAGUGCUAUUAGAUGAUGUGAUAUGGAAUAUCAUUCAAACUAAUUUAAAACUUAUUCAUUUUAGUAUAUCAGGUCUGAUUGUGACGUCGUUGACGCUGUCAGAUUUGGGUAAACUUGCAGCUUAGAUUUUAUUAACAAUUGACAAAACAUGUUCAAAUAAUACCUAAUAAUUGCAGUUUUUAAACGCCUGCUUGUUUACAGACCGGAAUUGAAAUCGGUGCUGCAUAAAAAAACAUUAAUUAUUUUCGGAACUGCUGUUUAAACAACUCUAUCAUAUCAUCAGAGUUUUAAGUCGACCAUUCAUCUAAUCCUCAUUUGUUGCAGAUGGAUGCCUUUGCCGAGCCGUCUACUGACUCGUCCCCAUUCGUCUGUCACAACCCCACACUAGUGGCGCGCGGUGUAGGAUGGGAAGGAGGAAAGCGAGAAAGAGGGAGACUCUUCCUCUCUUCUCCCUUCCCAUCAGCCCCUGCUCCCGCCGCGCUUUACGCGAAGACGACUGGGGACGGGUCAGAUCCAGCUGUCGUGUCGCAUUGUCUAAUUAUCAUAUGACUGAAUCCUCGAACGGGCAAGAUUAAGCGAAUCCUGUGUUUUCAUUAGCUACCCGAGAAGGCAAGAUAGGCCCACCUUGCCUGCUCGGGAUUUCCCGCUUCGGUCCCGCAAGAAAAAGCUCUCUCAAAAGUAGGUUGAGUUUGAUCGUCCGGGUGAACGUAGUCCUGAAUAGGACUGUUGUUGUUGACAGUGACUGACGUUUCAACAACCUGUGCGGUAGUCAUCUUCAGAGUCAAAGUGAGUUGUAUCACGUCAGUUGAUGGUAUUAUACUCUGGUUAUUGAUAGGAUUGGUCAAUUACGUCGUCAUGUUAUUGGCUAAGAAGACUCGUAAUCAGUAAUUGGUGCGUUUCGAUCCGUCUAUUGUCACAGUUAAACAGUCGUCUAUUGUUAGUCAAAUUGUCAUUCUGUCGUAGUUAGUUUUGCUUGAUCUCGGCAAUAAGUCGUUUGUAAGGCGCUGGUAACUGUUGGCUACGAUUCAAUGGCGUUUGUUCUAAGUUAGUUCAACGUCUAAGGGGGUACAAUUUUUGAAAAGGGUUAAUUUUGUGGGGUCAGUUUUGAAAAUGUACAAAGUGUGAGGGGGUUCGAGAUUUUAAGACACAGGAUUGACAUUAUAUAUUGUAGUUGUUAAAACAUAUCAUAAUUGAAACAAAAAAAACCACUUUUCCUUCAUUAUUAAACCAAAAAGUCGCGCUGACAACUCUUUGUAGACAGGCAAACCGUGAUGAGGAUCAAGCAAUUUAUCUCUGAAGGCUUGUUUAUUAUUUGGACAGGAAAAUUCACUGAAUGAAGAAUAUAGAUUGUAGGCUUCUAACCAAUGUAAGUAUCCAUAUCCAUGCAUCAGAUGUUCUUGUACUGUUCUCAGACCUCCAACUGUACAAUUCGCGGUCUGCGUCCCUUGCUUUGACCUCUGCGGAAUAGACUCCAGCAAUAACAAAAUUUCAUUAUUAUCAAGAUUCUGGAGUGAAGAUCUAAAAUACUUUCCCUUCGUUGACUUUUCUCGGACUUCACGCCGUUUCUCAUGCCAGCUGAGCCCCACCUGACGUGCAUCUUCAGGAUCCGCAUCUUCACUUGAUUUGGUAGCCGCCAUUUUGAAUGCUAUGUGACCAAGCUUGUCCCAGGACCCCAUUAACUAUUUUUACCUAACCAGACUACCAGAACACCAUCUAGCUUUAAUAUGAAGUCAAUGUCCAAAGAAGGAGAGAAAAUCGAGUCAUCUUAAAACUUGGGGUGCUUACUAUUUGACAGAAAAAUCCUUUCGGGGAGUAGAAAGCAUAAUGGUAAGCGAAAUACCAGUUUACCUCAGAAUUGCUACAUGCGUUACGGUUUGAAUCCAAAAAAAGGGCGAAUUUGUGUAGCGUGAGUCUGGAACCGAAAAGGAACCGAGAAAUUGGUUGUCGCCAAGGGGGGGGGUACAAUUUUCAUAUGAAAUUCUUUUAGGGGGUACGGUUUUCAUACACCACACUUUUCUGAACCCCCCAUCCCUGGGACGUAAUAAACGAUCGCUCCCUAAAGGUUUCAAAAACAAACCAAAAAAGCAUAUGUUUAUGUCUUCAAUUUCGUAACGAGAUUAUUUAAUAUCAUCUGAGAUCGAAUAGCUCCCAGAAAAAGCCCGGAAAAUCGAGGGCACGAACGUUUUCACACGCUGUGAUUUUUCCUGGAAGUGUAUGUACUAGGCCUACGAACAACUGUGAUCAGCUCAAGUUAAAACCUCUAUACAGAGACUGCCACUAGAUCUGUGAUUAGGGUCAAAGGUAGAAUUGAAGUGUUUAUUAAUAAGUGAUGAUGAUUGGUCGUAAUUUGUUUUAUGGAACUGUCUUCCCUAAACUUAGUGCCUAAUUUGGUCUAAAAAACAUACUGGAAGGUUUUUUUCCAACGACAUAGAAUAUGAAACAAAGGCCACUAUUAUCUUAGAGUUUCUUUUAACUGGAAGUGGUUUUAAUGGGCGCAUGUGCAUUUCAUUAAGACUCAGAACGCAGAGUGUGCGAGGAACAUACGGGAAAAUGGGAGAGGACCGGGGAGGACAUAGCCUGCGAACAGGACAUAUUUCACUGAUAAAUUUGCUUUACUGAUUUUUAUCGCAGAAACUUUUUCAUGAAUGCGAAGGGUCGUGUGAGCAAGAGUCUCCUCGAAGAGGUAUGAGCUAUUACGCACGACGCACGACGCACAACGCACUACCCAAGACGCACGACGCACGACCCACUACCCACCCACCCACGCCAAUUAGUCAAUCUCGUCUCCCAAGCAUAAUAUCAAACGCCCUAUAAAUGUAUAACAAACAAAAACGAACUCUGAAAAGCCGUAAAGUUUUCAAAAAGCAAAAUUUCAAUGCCUUUCAAUGGUCUUCAAGUUUGUCCAUCCCUGGCUCCUUUUGUAUUUACUGUCUUUAUUAUUCCUUCUUUAAAUGUUUUGAGCGAUAUUUAGUUAUUAUUUUCUCAGGUGAUUUUAGAGAAUCGUGCCCUCUAAAUGGUUCAUGUCUACGUGACAUGUUCUUACAACCAGCUGGUGCGGGGAUAUCACAGAACGUAUUAGCUUUAUAGAGUCAGUUUUGAAGAGCUCUAAAGGUGUUACUUAGCCCAAGAGAACUGACAUAUCAAGGUAUGAUGUGAAAGUUAAUUAUUUUAACAUGUUAUUAUUUGUUUGGAACUUCUUACAACUGUUAACAAUUAAUGAACUAAAACGUUCAUCUCAUGGAAAAGUCCAAUUUGAAUUAUUAUUGACGCACGGGGAUGUGGAUAUAAACGUCAGUGUAUGCUUGUACAUCUCUAGACGUUCUACCUUUCAAAAAACUGUCUCAUAAAAAAGUUACUGCAUUUAUGAAUCUUGCUCGUAACCUGCUAGAAGUUUGAUACCGAGGUCUACACGAGCAAUCAAAACAGCAAAAACAUGGCAAAACUUUCACUUUUAUCGGACUAGUUCCCUCUAAGAAAGCGAACUCGUACUAUAGAGUCAAAAGGAAGUAAAAAAGAUCAAUAUAAACCAUAUACUUACUUGUUUUCGCGCGUCUAAUAAUACGGAGACGAAUUUCGCGUUACAAGAAUAUUAAAGAAAAAGUGCAGUAAAUUAAAUUUCCCGAUUCUGUCAGUGUUUUAUUUUUUCUAAACCCUGAGAUUAAGGUAUUUGUCACCAAAUAUCCGAUUAAAAGAAAGACUGGUAAUUACAAGAACCCUAAAUGGGACUUUGAUGGCUGCACUAAAGAGGUUUUGGCUAACUUACAAGCUGAAGAAAGCAGUGAACCAGAAGAAUUCAGAACAAUUCAUCACAAGGCCCGGACUCAGAGCACUUAAAACUCUUAUCAUUUUGAUACUAUUGUGGGGUGAAAUUUAGCGCGCUUAGAAUCGGGAAUCUUUUGUACGCCCACAUUAAAUUUCUCAAAAAUAGAGAAAAUUAACUAGAAUAAGGUAUCUCUAAAAGUGAUUCUUCACAAAACGACGGGCGAAAAAAGGCAGUUUUUCAGGAAAGAAAUUAUUGUAUUGCUUCACUAUGAGUCAACAUUUAUGCUGAAUGCGUGGAUAAUUGAGACUGAAUUGUCAAAUAUUUUGUGUCAGUUCCUGUUGUUUUCUCUCUCAUUAUUGGUUUCAAGAUCAGUCAUGUUGGUAAACUUAGCUUACUCUUGACAGGUCAGUGAAUAUUCACUUCGCCUUAGGCGAAUAACACUAAGUUAAUGGUUAAUUUAUAAUACAGUAUUAUGCGUCUUUUUGGGUAGCACUCUAUCCUGAAAUUAAUCAUUUCGCCAUCAAUGUUGUUUCCUUUCCCAAAUUCUUAUAUUGGCCGUUCAAUUAACUCGCACUUUGUGUUCAGUUUUCAAGUUUAAAACAGGAGGCGAGUAUAGAACGUUUUCACUCACGUGGCCAGCAUCUAUGCAAAUAUAUUUGAACAAAAGAAAACAUUUUCAUAAGAAAAGAGUUCAACUCCCACAGGACUGGCUUGCGACACCAACAUGGCCGCCGUUUUAUGUUUUGUGACACCAAUAUGGCUGCCAUGACGUCAUGUGAAAACACUCUAUACGCUUAAGCUUUGGUCAAAACCCCUCCUGAUACGACCAUUCCGGGUAAAAAGUACAAUUCCGUUACCAGGACUUUAACCUAGCAUCAACGACCCCGGCACUGGCGACACUUACAUUCCUGUAAGUGGACAAUUCCCGUAGCUUAGCGAGCCGGUGACAUUUUACCCACCAUGCCCCAGUUCAAACAAUGGAUUACAAUGUACACCGAAUAAUUUUUAUAAAUCACCGCUCUCCAGCGAAUUCGUAUUAGGAAAACCAAUUGUGUUAUCCGCUGUAUAGAGAUUUAUCCAGUGGAUAGCGUUAUUAGACAGCUUAAGCAGCGGACGUUCUUGAGGUCACGUACGUUAGGAAGGUUGCGCCCGGUCUGGAUCGAGUACACGAGUACGGCGUUUGCGGCGCGAAAAGCGAAGAUUAAGCAACGAGUUUUGUAUAACGUAAGCCACUGCGCGACGUCUUGUCUGUGUUGAAAAUGUCUUCAGUCAUAGCAUUUCGAAUUUCAGAAAGAUCUUUGUCGCUGAAGUAGAUUCGUGCAUUUUCUUUGUCCCAUUCUGAUAUGAAUAUUUCAUCUUUUACAUUUAUUCGCCGAGCGUGAAAUGCCGUCUUGUACUCUUUGAUUGUAUAGACACAAAUCAAGCAAACAAAAGUUACCAUACCUGAUAGCGAAGUUUGGCGGUCCAUUUUAUUUGCAGUUUCAUUAAUCACAAAUGAAAUUUAGUUUGCUAUUCAUUUUCAACGUUGAUUGCGCCAAAAUCACACGCGUCUAGCUAAAAAUCGUUUUCAGGUUACAUGUUAUCAACCCGAUGCACAAAAACAUGUAGUCAUAACAUUUUAAUUUAAUAUUUUUUCAUUAAAAAGAAAAUAGCAAUUCAUGCCGUAGAAAAUAUCGGCCCUUAAAGUUACAAGAAGAUGAAGCCCUCUUACGUAGGAUGUGUGUUCACUUGAUGAUGAUUCGCAUGGACGAGAUCGAGUAAAUUUUCGGCAAAUCUCGUAAAUCUUGCCAUCUUCGAGUUCUUCAUCACACAGCAAGAGGUAGCUCUGGUCAACCUAUCGAGUCCGGAAAUAGCGUUAGAGACUGUUAACGUUAACCUGAUGUUUACAUCUCUGAAAACGCUGAAUGAAUGUUGGAAGGGUCUUUUCUUGGUUUUAAGCCAACAAUUUAACCACUCACGGACGUAAACACAUGCGUAGUAUAUUCACACUGGCGCGAGUGACUUCAGGCCGGCGAACGUCUCCUGUUUAAGCUCUCUAUUCAUCUUUUGAACAACCGGAGCCAGCUGUCAAUCUUCAAUGGUUUAACGUCGUUCAGAAUUUAGAAACGAUAUGAUUAGAAGUAUCAGUUCUCGCACACCAAAGUGACAUAUUUACUUACAUUAUGAAACGCUUGAUUUUGCCUUUUAAAGAUCCCUUUCCAGGUGGUUGGUCACGUGGUAUUAUGCUGACUAAGACCGUGAAGAAGAAAGAAGAUUAAUAUCGAAUACAGCAAACAUUUAAAGAAACUAGUCACGUAGGAUUGCACACUCGAAACUCGAACUUAAAAGAAAAAAAUGGUGUUAAAAAAUUUUACUGGAGAAGUAAGCCAGAAAUUAACAACUGAACUUUAUUGCUCUGGAGAGUUCACUGGAAAAGUACACAGCGAGUUGAUUUUUAUUUCAGUGUUAAAUAUUUUUCUGUCCAUUACCGCGUUUCUGGGCAACACUCUGAUCCUAGCAGCUCUGCCUAAGGUGUCUUCGCUUCAUCUUCCUUCCAAAGUUUUGUUUGGUAGCUUGGCGACAACUGAUAUCUGUGUUGGUGUCAUUGUAGAGCCUACGAGCGUUGUCCAUUGGAUGUCUGUGGUGAAGCAAAGAUGGAAUAUUUGCUAUUACGCGACUAAGGCAAAUUUUAUCAUAAGCAACACUUUAUGCUCAGUGUCUUUGGCAAUAUCAACUGCAAUAAGCGUGGACAGACUCCUGGCGCUGUCACUGGGGCUCAGAUACAGAAAUUUUGUAACAUUUAAGAGAACACUUGUAAUUGUAAUCUCUAUCUGGGUUUUGUCCUUUUUGAUCGCGGCAGGCAAUUUUUGGGAUCCUCGCAUAAGGUUGUGGUUUUAUCACCUAGGCAUAUGUGUGUGUCUAGUCACCUCAGUUUUCGCUUACACAAAAAUUUUUUUCACUUUGCGGCGUAAUCAGAUUCACAUGCAUCAAAGUCAACCGAGCCAAGCAAUUCCACCGAACAUAGUUCGAUACAGAAAGGUAGUGUACAGUGCGAUCUGGAUACAGGUAACAUUGGUUGUUUGUUAUCUGCCGUUUGCUGUAGUGGCAGCGUUAACACCUCAGAGAGGGAUGCCUUUGUCAAUUUAUCUUGCCAGGCAGUAUACAGGAACUGUAGUUUACUUAAACUCAACAUUGAACCCGCUCCUGUACUGUUGGAGGAUCAGAGAAGUAAGGAGAGUAGUAAAAGAUACAAUCAGGCGGUUCUGUAUUUUCUUAAGCUGAGCUAAGAAUUACCGCAAGUUGAGCAAUAACUAUCAUCAGCUGUUCUUGAGCCGAACCUAAUUCAAAUUAAGGCCGACCCAAGUUACUUUGACCUGUUCAAUAGAUUCAGACUCCGAAUUAAGUUCAAAACGAGAAAAAUGCUCAUUUCGGUCAAACUGCUUGCAAAUACUUUAUAAUAAUUUAUGCAUUUAGUUCGGCACAUGAAAAGUUCGGUGUAUGAACCAAAGUCGAAAUUCCUAGCCGGGCUAGGAGGGAAGAAUGGCUGAGCCGUUCCAAAUUGAAAUAUGCGUUCCUUAUUGAUUCAGACGCCAAACUUUUCAUGUACUUAAUUUAAUGUUUUAGGUUCAGCUCAUGAAACGUUCUGCUUCGAUCUGAAUUGGGCCUGACCGUGUAAAAUUUGAUUCUUUUUGUGUAAUGUAUUUGUUACUAAUUUUACUUUUUCCAGUUAAGUGACAAAGACAUAAAAUGCAGUGUUUUCUUUUUUUUGUUCCUUUUGCACACCGAUCGGUCCUACACCCCAAUUGGCAUUUUAUAUGUACAGUGUUGGUACAGCUGUUUCUUUAGUCGAGUCAGUUCGUCUUCGUUUUCGCAUCUUAUUGGGCUAAUUAGGAUAGUUUAUAAUAACAAACUAAAAAUAUAUAUAUUUUUUAACAACUGCACUAGCUAGGUAUACCAAUCGAUAUAGUGCCAACGAGUAAAUCAUGCGUAUUUUGCCCGCAUAGGAAUGGCAUUCCUUUUUUUCCAGAUUUGACAGUUUCUUGGUCCCUUCCUUUUGCAACGAUUAUUUUCUUCACUGUCAAUAAAAAGGUGUUAUGCAUGUAUCAAGGUUCCGGAGAAGAGUCAGUCCUCAGACUGUGGCUUUACGAACCUGCUAUAUUAUAGUUUGAAGUGUCAUGACGGGGAUUUAUUUGCAGAAGAAAGGAAUUGCUUAUUUACUGGGAAAUAAGCAUGAUCAUUUCUCUUACCAGUGCAGCUACAAAAUUUAAUUACUGUCGGUUCGGUUUCACUUUGUAGAUAAAUAUUUGUGCAGUUUAACCAUUUAAACCUCCUUUCAAAUUUCCCGAGGCUAGUUGUUACCCGAUUGAAACUUAGAAUGAUUCGCUGCUCUGUUUGAAAUGUUUACUAGGACAUGUGAUGUACGGCCCGUCGGUGUUUUAUUUUCAUUUCAUAACUCGGCCAGGUUUCGAAACAGAUAGAGUUGUUUUCUUUUCCUCUGUCGUUCGCUUUAGGCUUGUAAUUCUUGUUUUUUUCUUAGUUUUUCGUUUGCUGUUUAGAUUUUUUCCCCAACAUCAGAUUUUUCCAACAGAAGUGACUAUAUUCUUCGUAUCAAGCUUUCUCCUCGUGUAAUCUGGUCCUUUUUAGUGUGGUGAGAAUUGCUUGUUUCACGUGGAACACUUUUAUCGUUUUACAAGCUUUUCUUCGUUAAAACUUUACAUUGAUGGCCCCCAAAAUUAAACCAAUUAAUCAGGUAAUCAUGUUUCUUGACUGCCGGGGCCAGGUUCAGUUAAAUAAACAUAGGAAGCUUGUGCGAAAUUUUGUAUUUUUAAAACCGCACCACAUUCAACUUCAGCCCGAGCGCCAGGUAACGCCUUUUGAUUGGUUGACAACUGCCACACCAUUGGUCUCAGGGGAAUCUUACACCAGGUUACGGGUUACACUUUUUGAAGCUCGAUCGAGAAUUUUUUUGCCUAUUGCCAAGUCUUGCGCGGCUCUAUUCUGCUGCCGCCUCGCCAAUGGCUUGUUGGCAAUAAGCUGAAAGAUAAGCACGGAAAAACACGUUUUCACUUUGCCUAUAUCUUUCUCCUCUUCGACCCUCUAUUUAGUUUAGUUCAAAAAGCAUGCCUAGUUUAACUUUGAAUUUUGUAUACCUGCUGCGCCAUAGCACGCAUAAAAUGUAUUGUAAAAAGGGCGCUGAUAGUAUAUCCGAUCGCAGUGUUGUUAUUAGAUGAUGUGAUAUCAAAAAGAGGCAUUAAUGUAAAACUGAUUCAUUUCAGUAUAGCAGGUCUGAUUGUGACGUCAUUGACACUGCCAGAUUUGGGUAAACUUGCAACUCAGAUUUUAUUAACAAUAGACAAAACAUGGGCAAAUAAUACCUCUGAAAUUUCCUGUAAGUAAUAAUUGUAGUUUCUAACGCCUACUUGUUUACAGACGAACUGAAAUCAGUGACUGCUGCAUCGAAAAACAUUAAUUAUUUUUGGACUGCUGUUUAAACAAAUGUAUCAUAUCAUCAGAGUCUUAAGUCGACCAUUUUACUUUACCUAAUCCUCAUUUGUUGCAGAUGGAUGCCUUUGCCGAGCCAUCUACUGACUCUUCCCCAUAUGUCUGUCACAACCCCACACUAGUGGCGCCCGGUGUGUGAUGGGAAGGAGGAAAGCGCGGAAGAGAGACACUUUCCUCUCUUCUCCCUUCCCAUCAGCCCCUGCUCCCGCCGCGCUUUACACGAAGACGACUGGGGACGGAUCAGAUCCAGCUGUCGUGUCGCAUUGUCUAAUUAUCGUAUGGCUUAAUCCUCGAACGGGUAAGAUUAAGCGAAUCCUGUGUUCUGAUUAGCUACCCGAGCGGCAAGAUAGGCCCACCUUGCUCCAAAAUGAAGAGCAUUCUCGCAGGCUAGUGACUGUCCAAUUAAUACUACAACAAAUAGUUGUUGGAAAAUGUGUCUAUAUGCGAGUGCCAUUUAUGAUGUCCUGGAUGGCAAGCGAAUUUCAGAGAGGUGGGACAAAGAAGGGGUCGUCAAUAAUGUACAAAACUGUAAUCUAUCAGUAUUUUUCCUUUCUGUUUUAGUAAUGGCAACUUAUUCCAAUGUACCCAUUCUCUCCACCAAAAGUGGGCUCACUCCUAACGCAGGUUGUCCGAAGGGAUCUUUCAACUGUUUAUUUUCAGAACACAUCUUUAUUCCCGCAAACCAACAAUUAUAAAAUUACUUUUCUUUAUUUGAUCUUCCUUUGGCCUGGACAACAAGCGUUCUCGUUGACGGGACAGGAAGGACGGGAAACAGAAACAAAAAAGGUUUAUGAGAGUCUCAGCUACUGUUUGUUUGAGGAGUUCUAACUCGAGUUCCAAAGUAACCUUUUUUGUCCAAUAUAUGGUUCCCUCAGCUAGGGUCGAAUCUUUCACCUGUGGAACAAAACUUCAUUGCUCUAGAUCAAAAAUCUGGUUUUGUCGAAAUUGUUUGCCAGUGCGAAUUUUCGCUCAGGCGGUAUUUCAGCAAAACCAUUCGCUUCUGUAGAUGGAAAAGAGAGAGAGGCUGCUCGCGGACUACAGUUAGUUGUAAUAUUUGAAAAAUAUUGAGGGUCGGAGUUUUCGAGACACCAAGGGGUCUGAGUUUUUCGGGAGUCUGAGUUUUCGAGGCACCCGGGGGUCUGAGUUUUUUAGGGUCUGAGGUCUGUGUUUUCGAGGUCUGAGUUUUCGUAACACCCCCGAUAGGUUUUGCCCUUCCAAGCACCUAUCGGAGAAAUAAGCGUUAAGAGAAUUCGAGCGGCUUCGGCGUAUGAACAACAAAGGGGAAAACUAACUCUGCAACUCGUUUGGCUAGCGGGAAAGGAACUCGUCACUGUUCCAAGUUACUAGGAUCUGCUACAACUGGAAACAGGACAGCACUCAAGCAUGGACUACGUUUAAUAUUCAGCUCUUGGACGUAAAUGAUACAUAUAUGUGUAUCCAAAAUGUAAAUCAUCAAUCGCAUGUAAAUCCGCAGUGUAAACCGAAAAACAGGGAUAACAGUGCUCUAUUUAUACUAACCGAUCAACUUAUAGUUACAACAAACAUCACAAAACCGGUGGGUAGAAGCCUGAAUCAGCUGAAAACUGAAAACAUAUCUGGAUAAAUUCAGCGUUAAAGUUUAUAAGCUAAAGUAAAUGACUCAAAAUUAAAUUUUAGUCAAGGAAAUGAAUUUCGGAAACUUCCAGAGAUUCAGCAGUAAAGCUGUGCAAAAGAAUUCGAGUUUCCUUUGCUCAGGUUUCGUUAAAAUGUCAGAACUUAAAACUACGGACGGUUGGUAUUUGAAGAGGCCAAAGAUCCAGUUAUUCAGUGACUAAGCUGUAUAAUUAUUCAGAAAUUAAUUACUACAACAUUGAAAGAGAAAUGUGUAUGAUUUAAAAAAACUAAAACAUUUCAAUGCAAAUUCAAUGUAAAUUACGGCUAAAAGUGACAACUUCAAAGGCAACACCUAAAAGCCAGACAAGAAGUCCGAGGCAGAUAGAGAAUUCAUGGGAAACUCUCUCCUUACAAAAUUAACACGCUUUCAUUAUUUGUUAGUUGAUGCAGCCUGCAUUUUUUUAUCACAACUUUUAGUAUCCGAGGAAAUUUGCUAGCAGAGGUGGUGAAGUGGUGAAAAUUCGUGUAAAUGAUUAACAUUAAUGGCGAAAAACUGGGUACGCGAGGGUCAAAGGUAGAAUUGAAGUGUUUAUUAAUAAGUGAUGAUGAUUGGUCGUAAUUUUUUUUAUGGAAUUGUCUUCCCUAAACUUAGUGCCUAAUUUGAUCUAAAAAACAUACUGGAAGUUUUUUUCCCGCGAGAUAGAAUGUAAAACAAAAGCCGCGAUUAUCUUAGAGUUUUCUUUUAACCGGAAGUGGUUUUCUUGGACGCAUGUGCAUUUCAUUAAGAACGCAGUGUGCGAGGAACAUAAGGGAAAAUGGGUGAGGACCGGGGAGAACAUUUUUCGCUCAGAAAUUUGCUUUACUGAUUUUUAUCGGAGAAACUUUUUUAUGAAUGCGAAGGGUCGUGUAAAGGAAGACGGUGUCUUUAAAUUCUACGAGCAAGAGUCUUGUCUAAGAGGCAUGAGCUAUCACGCACGACGCACGACCCACGACCCACGACCCACAACGCACUACCCACCCACCCACGCCAAUUAGUCAAUCUCGUCUCCCAAGUAUUAUAUCAAACUUUAUAAACAACAAAAACGAACUCUGAAAGGCUGUUAGGCUAGCAAGUUUUCAAAAACCAAAAUUUCAAUCCCUUUCAAUCGUCUUCAAGUUUGUCCAUCCCCGGCUCCUUUUGUAUUUGCUGUGCCGUUUAUUAUUCCUUCUUUUGACGUUUUGAGCGAUAUUUAGUAAUUAAUUUCUCAGGUGGUUUUUAGAGAUUCGUGCCCUCUUAAUGGUUCAUGUCUACGUCAUAUGUUCUUACAACCACCUGGUGCGGGGAUAUUACAGAACGUAUUAGCUUUAUAGAGCCAGUUUCGAAGAGCUCUAAAGGUGUUACUUAGCCCAAGAGAACUGACAUAUAAAGGUAUGAUGUGAAAGUUAAUUAUUUUAACACAUUAUUAUUUUUUGUAACUUCUUACAACUGUUAACAACUAAUGAACUAAAACGUUCAUCUCAUCGAAAAGUCCAAUAUUAAUUUGAAUUAUUAUCGACGCACGAACUCAGAAAAGCCGUAAAGUUUUCAAAAACCAAAAUUUCAAUGCCUUUCAAUCGUCUUCAAGUUUGUCCAUCCCUGGCUCCUUUUGUAUUUACUGUCUUUAUUAUUCCUUCUUUUAAUGUUUUGAGCGAUAUUUAGUUAUUAAUUUCUCAGGUGAUUUUAGAGAUUCGUGCCCUCUAAAUGGUUCAUGUCUACGUCACAUGUUCUUACAACCACCUGGUGCGGGGAUAUCACAGAACGUAUUAGCUUUAUAGAGUCAGUUUGGAAGAGCUCUAAAGGUGUUACUUAGCCCAAGAGAACUGACAUACAUGUAUCAAGGUAUGAUGUGAAAGUUAACUAGUAUAACGUAUUAUUUUUUUGGAACUUCUUACAACUGUUAACAAUUAAUGAACUAAAACGUUCAUCUCAUCGAAAAGUCCAAUUUAAAUUAUUAUCGACGCACGGGGAAUGUGGAUAUAAACGUCAGUGUAUAUAUCUCUCUACCUUACAAAAAACAAUCUCAUAAAAAAGAUACUGCUAGAAGUUUGAUACCGAUGUCUACACGAGCAAUCAAAACAGCAAAAAUAUGGCAAAACUUUCACUUUUAUCGAACUAGUUCCCUCUAAGAAAGCGAACUCGUACUAUAGAGUCAAAAGGAAGUAAAAAAGAUCAAUAUAAACCUUAUACUUACUUGUUUUCGCGCGUCUAAUAAUACGGAGACGAAUUUCGCGUUACAAGGAAAAUUAUAUAAUUGCCGAUUCUGUCAGUGGUUUAUUUCUUUUAAACCCUGCUGAGAUAAAAGUACUUGUCACCAAAUAUCUGAUUCAAAACAAGAUUGGUAAUUACAAGAACCCUACAUAGUAAUUUUCAAGGAGUUAUAAUAACUCCUCUAGUGGGGUUCAUUCGACAAUUUAAUUCCUUACAGUGGAGUUAUUUUUUGGGGGAGUUAUUUUAACCCCAAAAAGGAGUUUAAAGAACUCUUUUUAGGAGGAAAAAUGACCCCAGAUGUUGAGAAGUUAAAAUAACCCCCAAAAAGGAGUUAUCCUGUAUCUAAAAUUUUUACUCCAUUUUCAGAGUAAAAGUAACUGCAAAAAGAGUAAAAACAACCCAUGUAAGGAGUAAAAAUAACCCAUUUUCGGAGUUAUUUAAACUCCAGACUGGGAGUUAAAAGACCUCUUUUUCAGGUGUAAAAAUGACCCCAAGUUAGGAGUUUAAUCACGAGUUAAAGAAACCCCAUAAAAGGGGUUAUAUGUUCUGGACAAAGGGAGGGAAUUCAUUUUGUAGGCAGAUCUUCUUCCAGGCUGUGUUAACUUUAUUUUCGACUGUCUUGGCUGACAUCUGUUUCAGCAGGUAGCUCUGUGUAUUCGAUAACUUUUUAUCCUUUUCUUUUCAGUACCGGGUAUUUUGCAUAAAAUCUUAAGUUCACACUUUCAAUCAAUGCACUUAUUUGAAUUUGUUAAAACCGAAUAACUUUCAGGAAAAGAAAACUUGGAGAAAUUCCUCUCUCGAUUUCAAUUUUGUGUGUACGUGUGAUAGUUUUGCAUUUGUUAUUUAAUACAUUAAUUAUUGCAGCCUGAUUAAAGCUUAAUGGAGGAUUUUUUCCCACAAAACCGAAGCAAAAAAGCUUCCCUUGUGCUUUAUUUACAUAGUUUCCGAAACAACACGUGUAUUAAAUUAAUAUGUUUUUAUCUGUUUUAGCUUUCUCGACUACUGUGACAGCUACAGCGCUUUUAGGGCUUAUGCCACUAAUUACACAGUUGUUCCUGUCAUUGCGAAGCAGUUCUAGUUACUAGAACUGUGUGAGCAGAACAAGUUAUAUCAUAAUUAGUUGAGUACAGCAGCCUUGCGUAGAAGUUUAUAAAUAACUCGACGUUCGCUCACGUAUUUUCUGUACAGUUUUUCACCUUUGCUGACAAAUUCGUGUUGUGAAGGAUCCCCCACUUAUCUAAUCUAGUUGUGCCUUCGACGCUAGUUUAGUCAAAUAAAGCAGAGUCGGCAGAAUGGUAGGGUUGUUAAGCAACUUUAUAAAAAUUAGAAAGCCACCUAGAUUAGUAGGGGUAAAAAUUUUGAGAAAUUUAUUAUUUAUAAAAAACCGUUUGAUAAUUAUAUUCGGUCUUAACUGUUUCUUGAAAAAAAAAAAAACAUCCCAAACAGUCGACUCUAACGAUCUAUCACUUUAUAAAAAAGAAUAAAGGGUAUAGCCUUAAAUAGACGCCCCCUCCCCUUAAAAAAUAAAAAAUCGGGGAGAGAGAUUUUUUCUGAGGAGAGGGGGCGUCUAUACAGAGGAGUAAGGUAUCAAAAAGGCUAGCAAAGCAAAAUUUACAGCAAGUCUUUAGUAUUAUAAACUUAAACUAAAACCUAGAAAUAGAAAAGGCUACAAAAACAAAAAAUGUUGGAGAAACAUUGUUUUUAUUAUGAGCCAUAUAGGUUUAACCGUGCGAUGAAAUAAUUCCGUGAGUUCUGAGAGUCUAAAAAACGAUAGAAAAGUUUAUCUAAACGGUAACCAUUUCAUUGGUAGAUGUGUGCCUUCAUGGUGCUUAACACAUUACACUUUACUGAAGUCCGGAAAAGAUUAUUACAUUCUUAAGCAAUUUCAAGAUGAUUUAUCGGGAAAAGUGAAACUUGCUGUGUUUUUAAACUUUUGACCUAUUCGCAUUGAUAUGACACACUGUGUGACACUAGCUAUAGCCGACUGUAGGUGAUUGCAAGUUUGGUGCAAUAAUAUUUAUAUUGGCAAUGGAGAUAAAAACUUAUAUUGACGUUCGAUUGACUUAAAAUGUUGUAGUGUCACUAGCUCGGCAAUCUCGUUCACCAUUAAGAAAGAGUUAUUCGUGCUUAUUUAUUCUCGUUAGUAGUCAGCUAAGGGCUCCUGUAAGGGUCAUUUGAGCUCAAUUUUUGGGGUUGGCUGCAGGUGUUUAAUACAACACUCUUAAAGCUAGUCUUGGUAUAUUUUCGUGAAAGUUCGUCCUGUAAGCAAUGCUAUAAUUACGCUUUGUGCAAGGUGAGUAACCUGGUAUCGACAGUUUUGUUAGUCUAAAUAUCUUCCCCAAGCAUAAAAGUCAUCAAUAAAGUACCUGAAAGCAUCUAAAAGUGCAUAGAAGAAGAACAUUAGAAUUAUUCCCUCCUUGUGCCAAUGCGAUAACAUAACAGUGAAAUAAUUUUAUAACUAAUAGAACAUUCAGUCUUUUUAUUAAAACAUGUUUUUAAAAAGUUAGCUGAACUAGGUAACGUCCUCUUAAAACUUCGAGAUUCUGCGCCUUUUGCAUUAUCUGAUCAUGAGCCAUGUUGUUUGAAAUUUGACUGUUGAUUCAAACAGCGGCACUUUUCAUGGUUCCCAACUCAAUUAGUACAUGCAAACAAAGACAAUUUCAACGCACAGUUUAAAACGCAAAAGGAAGGUUGUUUAAAUUGGCUAGAUAUGUUUUCCAACUUUCUUGUUGCAGUGAGCAGAGAGGCCUUGUGCCCAGGGUCGUAACAUGGUAUAUGGGCUCAGGGCUCAAAGCCCAAAAUAUGACUGGGAUCAGGGCUCAGAGGAGAGGGCUCAGGGCUCAGAAGAAUGGGAUCAGGGAUCACAAGGCUUUUGAGCCCAAAUCAGGGAUCAGAUUUAUUACACGGUCUAAAAAUUUCUUAGCACAAUAUUUUUCCCCUUAAUAAGGUUUGUGUCCAUAGAAUUUCCUGGCCGAGGUACAUUACCUAUUCUUGCUUCCGGCUGGCGGCAGUUCCUGUCAUACGAAGUCCUGGUUGUUUGACGAAAACAUGGUAUCAUAUUCUUAACUUAUUAACUGCUGAGGGCACCGUAAUAUGAAUCUCAAGUCACUUUUCUCGCUUUGUAACGCAACUCCUCAACGCGCUGUCAACGCCAGAAGGCAGAGAAAGCAAUUUAUACAUAUCUUUUUUUGCGAGAAAUGGGGAAGAAGAAAAAGGGCCAAAAGAAAUCCUGUGACAGAGCAAGGUACGUAAGUACUUCCUUGACUUAUUUACUCCUGGCAAGGGUCCAAGCAUAGAGUUUUUGAGCCGAUCAAACAUAACAAAUCAAUACCGCCAGGACAAUAGACAAACCGAUUCAUUGAAAGCGGAAUUUACUGUAUAGGUCCCGAUUGCCUCAUAGCCUCAAGCAAGUCACAGGGCGACUAUAAAUCGAGGUUCGUAUUUUUUGACCACUAACUUAACUCUUAAAAGUACUUGAAUAAUUAAAAUGGACAUCAAAAGUAGAAUACAAAAGUACAAUGAAUUCGCGCGCUUUAUUGCAAAAUAAAUGCUUUCUCGCAAUUUAAUAAAUCUGGUCUAAUUGCAUGGAGUUUUAGGGUUAUCUCGAACUCUGAUGAGAAACCGAGAUCGGUUCACCUACCAGUGCUAGUAUUGGGCCGGGAAAGUAAAGGACAUAUUCCAUUACUGUAUAACUAAUAAAUGCUUGUAUGAUAAAUAGUCUGAAAUUACAGUGUAGAAUUAGUGAAAAUAAGUGGAACACCAAGACUUACCUCGAUGAAAGAAGAGUAACAAAACCUUAAUAGUUUAUUUUCUUUAGUUUUUUUUUUAUAAAAUAAACGGUUGAAUUGGUGAAAGGAAUGUUGCAUACUAGGUACAAGUAGCAGAGUUGGCAGGAAUUUAAAUAAAUAUAUUAUAGCACUCAGCAUGCAGGGCCACCAGUAAGGGGGCCCACUAUUUGAUUUUUGAGUCGGGGAUGGGUUAUUUUUUUCAUGCAAGAUUUUUUCAGACCUCAUUCGUGUAGUAGUGGCUAUUUUGUUUUGCACAAAAUUUACAGACUUUAGUGACAAUAUUGAUCUACAAGAAUUUUUUCGGCCCUUUGGGCUAUUCGGCCUCGGCUUAUGUAAUGGUUGGCCCCGAAAGGUAUCAUCACCUUAGAUUUGGAGCCUGAAUAAUUGUUUAGUGGAGUAAGAACACUUGCUCUGAACAAAUACGCAUCGCGGCGGCCCAGCUGCCUUUUAGAAUCAAUAGAGAGGCUCUACCAAUCCUCGUUUAUCUUUUAUACCGGUCCUCAAAGCCAUUACACACAGAGAAAGCUGGGUCCAAAGGCACCGGAAUGGCUUCGAAAGUCGCACGGCAAGAGUAAACCUUAAGGAGGAUAUGGACGAGGAAACGAGCGCGGAGGGAAAGGAGCGACAAAGGAAGGCAUUGCAGAGCUUUGCGAAAGAAUUCGGACGGGGUGUACGACAGCAACGAACGAGAGGGAAGACCAAAGAAAGAGCUGGUACACUUCCACUUGCUCUGAGUAUGUUCAGAAGGAAUGCGUCGGCAUAUGUAGAAGUCGAUGAGCUGAAAUAGGUCCAAGGGAGUGAAGGACAAACUACAGUUCAAGACGCAGCCGAGGAAUAUGAGAUUAUCUAUUCAAAAGGCGACGUAGUUGCUCUCAAGCACAGUUACAAGAGGUAUAUCAUCCUUUCUUCCUUGCAGUUCUUUUAAAAGAUCUCCACCAUAACGGUGACGCAUUCCUGGAAGAUCACAUGGGUUUGAGAUUGCUGGAACAGUCAGAAGAAGAUCCCCUUGUAUACCAGACUGGGCACCGUGACGAUAGAAAUUCUCCUAAGUGUAUGAUCGGCGAGGUUCAAAUAAUAAAAGAUGGGAACAACUUCUGUUUGAGCUGCAUUGAAGAGCAACGCCUAGUUGCAUUGCUCCAGGGGUCAGUUGAAUCAGAUGAUUCACCUGCGUCAGGUGGUGACGAAGAGGAAGGGGAGCAAGCUCAGGCGGGCAACUUUUCAGAGCCAAUUAGAUUUGAAGCCGGAAGGAGUAGGUCUGGAAGACGUACAACCAGAUAUGUCCUCUGACAAUCUACAAUGGUUAUUAAGCCACGAAAAGCAAUUAAUGGGCUUGACACAGAAAUGCUCUUAAACUGUAGAACCAGUGGCUUGCAUCAUUUAAUUUUUCUACUUCAUGUAAAGAAGGUAUUUUGCUAUUGGUAAUUGAUCGUGAUCCUCACUGUAACACACACAGCGUGAAAGAGGAAAUUCACAUAAGACUACAACAUCAACAGGGAUAGCAGAAUAGAAAGCUCUGAUAGAACCUACAACUUGCACUAAAAAUUAAAGUUAAUGUUUUCCUCGUCAGCCUAUUUGAGCAUGUUCUAUAUUCUAUAUUUGGAGAUAAACAAGUUGCCUAAGUUAAAAUUUUGUGUAAAAACAUGGAUGGGAUCAAUUCUUUUAUCAGGGCUCAGGGAUCAAAAUUUUUGGGAAAAUGGGGCUCAGGGAUCAAAAUAACGGUAAGAAAAUAGGGAUCAGUGGGCCCCGGAUAUACCAUGUUACGACCCUGUUGUGCCUGUCUUUCAUGUAUUAAAAACACAAUAUAUAAUGUCCCGGAUGGCAGGAACGCCCCCUCCCCAGUAACUGGAGAAAUGACACAUUAAUCAGUCACAUUAAGCAUAAAACCAUUUAUUUCUUUCAGAAAUAAAUUUCCUUUAAUAAAUUUCGUUUUGUUUUGUUCUUUUUUUGCAUCCAAUUUCCCGGUUCUUUACCACGUUUAAAAUUUGCUGAUCAGAACAUUAUAAACGCAUCGAAAAUGAAAAAGCUUAAUACCAACCGAACUGGUGACAAAACAUAUGUUUGACGUAAGUUUGCAUGUUUUCAAAACAGUAUCGACUUUUUUAAUGUUGCUAACUUGGUUUCACGUAAGGAUAAAAGAAUAAACCGAUGGUAUUUGGAGCAUUCUCUUGCAGAGAAAAUGCGUUUAGGUCAUGUGCGCGUUGGAAUAAAACACAUGUGCGACCGUUUUUUAAAGGUCGUAGUAACCUCUAUUAUGUACAGUUGGAAAAUCUAUACUUCCUGCCCUUUCGAACUGCAAACAUGAAAUACGUGUCUGAUUUACGUCGAUCGCGACAAUCCGGUUUUGUUUGUAAUUGAAUGCAAUGUAACUAGUGUAAAACAGAAUUGAAGGUCAAGUUUGAGAAGUUUCUAUGAGAACCACGAGCCUUGACGAAGAAUGUUUGCCUUCGUUGUGGGCUAAACUCCACCCCCUCCUUGAGCUUGCACACAGCCUUGGCUUACUGAAGCAUAGGGCAUCUUUAAAGUUUACUUGGUUAUUGACAAAUGAGCCAAAUGAAAACUUGCUUCCACUGGUCAUUGAUUCACUUCUAAUAAAACUCUUUCCUAGAUGGAAACCCUCAUAUUAUAACACAAAAUAAUCAAUUUUGAGGGAACUAAACAAUUAAACAAUUAUAGCUGUGAGCAGAUAUUGUACUUUAACUCUAUAAAGCACUACAUUCAGUUUCAAUACAACUGUACUACCCUCAAAAAAUCAGUUCAGGUUGGCCCUGCAUGAAGUAUACUUCUUGCCUUGCCAAAUUUUGACCAAACUGUGUGAUUUUCCCUUUGGGACAGCAAAAUGAUUAACAUUGACUUGUUUUGACAUAAACCUUCGGUUGUCUUGAAUCAAGUUGUUCACAAAAACUCAUGGGCAAAAUUAAAACCUAUCAUUUGACGCUUCAAAAGGAAAUAAACGUAUAGGAGAAACACAACUAGGUGGGGUGGAACGAAUAUAUAUAUGUUAUUUUCCUGUUCACUUAAUCAGGGGCACCCAACGACAAUUUUCGGAAAAAUAUCUGUUCGGAAGACGAUUUGAAAUCUAGAAUUUUCGGAACAUUUGUUGUAAAAUUUCUUGCUUGCCUGCCUCUCCUAGGAUUUUCGGAUAUCUAAAAAAUGGUAUAAUUGCCUAUUUUUAACGGAUUUUUAACCUAAAAAGGUCACCUAGAAUUUUCGGGAGCCUUUUUUCUGGCUAAAAUUUUCGAAAAGGUAAGUUUUGAUCCCUAUAAUUUUCGGAUCACUUGACUUUCAGCUAGGAAAUCCGAACAGAUGAAAAAUUUUUAGGGGAUAAAAAUAUACCUAUAUCUACCGUUUAAAUACUAAAAUACGUUUAACAAUGCUAUGUUUAAGUGGUUUUGAACUAUAUUCUCGUUGGGUGCCCCUGACUUAAUGACAUAACACGUGAAUUGUUUCGUUUCAAAAGGCGUUUUGAAAUAAGAUAGCAUUUGCAGGACAUGGAACAAGAUACCUUUUUAUUUAGACUGACUUUCGAUCUCCACGAUAUUGCUUUCCCAGUGUUUGUUUUCGCUAAACGUGAGCUCACAUAUUAAACUCAGACGCCAGAUAAUCUGCCGAUUAAUUGUCCCAGUUCUGCAACCCAACAGUGUGUUCAGCUGGUUUUUGUUAAUGUCUUCUCCUUAUUCUAGUUGAGUGAAAUCUGUGUUUUCAAAACAGCCCAAAGAAGCCACUCGCUGGAGAGAACACAGGAAGUAAAACGUUUUCCCCAGUGGAGAGGUAAGGGACAAAAAUCCGUUAUGCGCAUGAGCAGUGAUAUUUGUAACUUAUGUAUUUACAUUCGGCGGAGCUAAACGUAGUCAGGGGCACCCAACGGCAAUUUUCGGGAAAGUAUCUGUUCGGAAGACGAUUUUAGAUCUAGAAUUUUCGGAGCAUUUGUUGUAAAAUGUCUUGCUUGCCUGACUCUCCUAGGAUUUUCGAACAUCUACAAAAUGGCAUAAUUACCCAUUUUUAACGGAUUUUGACCCUAAAAAAGGCCACCUAGAAUUUUCGGGAGCCUUUUCCUGGCUGAAAUUUUCGAGAAGGUAAGUUUUGCGUAGGGGCAGUGACAGAGAAUGUAAAUACUUUCCUAUUGGAAUGAACGCACGUGAGCCGCUAUGGCGUUAAUUGACUCUAUUGUUAUUAGGUAUAUAAGGUUUUGACGGUUGUAAUGUAUUCAUCUCAGCUCUCGAACUAUCAACUUUUAUUUUUAUAUCUUACUUUAUUCAUCUAUCGAUUGAUUUUUUACCUUUAACCCCCAGAGGUUGUGCAACCGCAUCGGCUGGAGAAUACGUUCCCAAUUUUUUCCCAUUGGGUUUUCGUAUCAGACGGCGCACGUGAAUAGCUUAGCCUGAGUGACUUUAUUUAGGGAUAUUUGUAUACCAUUCUUUAGUUAUGAUGUUGAACUUUGUAUGAUAUUUGGACGGCAUUAAACACACUCAGGCUCCAUAGUUCGAGCUGCACACCCAUUCCCGUCUCUUAGUCGUGAAUAUAAAUAGGAACUGCACAUGCAUGACCGGAUGUCAGAAAAUUUCUGGUGCUAAUUCGGCAUUUCACAGCCUUCCUCUCGCUUGACCCAUCCUAGUCGUAUUUUUAUUGUAAUUAUAGUUUGUGGAUAUUCUCUGUAAGGAUAUUUUAUAAUUGCAAUAUAGUUUUCACUCUUUGUAGUCUUUUUCAUAUAUAUACUUACAGUUCUUUUUCUUGAACGAUAUGUAUUUUUGGUUACUUAAUUUUUGUUUUAUAGUUUUAGUUUGAGGGCCACUAGUUAUUCAGUUGAAGUACUGUCCCGUAUUACCCUCGUUAGAUAAAGCUGAUCACUAUCAUUAUUAUGAUUAGAAGUAUUUCUCGCACACCAAAUUGACAUAUUUACUUUUAUUACGAAAUGUUUGAUUUUGCCUUUGAAUUUCCCCUUUGCAGCUGGUUUGUCACGUGGUAUAACAGCCAUGCGGAGCAGACCAAGGAGAAAGGAGAUUAAUAUCGAAUACAGGGAACUCUUGAAAAACUAGCAACGUAGGAUUUCGCACUCGAAACUCGAAUUUAAAAAGAACAAAUGAUGUUAAAAAAUUUUACUGGGGGAGUAAGCCAGAAAUUAACAACUGAACUUUAUUGCUCUGGAGAGUUCACUGGAAAAGUACACAGCGAGUUGACUUUUAUUUCAGUGUUAAAUAUUUUUCUGUCCAUUACCGCGUCUCUGGGUAACACUCUGAUCCUAGUAGCUCUGCCUAAGGUGUCUUCGCGAUCGCUUCAUCUGCCUUCCAAAGUUUUGUUUGGUGGCUUGGCGACAACUGAUAUCUGUGUUGGUGUCAUUGUAGAGCCUACGACCGUUGUCCAUUGGAUGUCUGUGGUGAAGCAAAAAUGGAAUAUUUGCUAUUACGCGGCUGUGGCAAAUUUCAUCAUUAGCAACACUUUAUGCUCAGUGUCUUUGGCAAUAUCAACUGCAAUAAGCGUGGACAGACUCCUGGCGCUGUCACUGGGGCUCAGAUACAGAAAUUUUGUAACAUUUAAGAGAACACUUGUAACUGUAAUCUCUUUCUGGGUUUUGUCCAUUUUGAUCACGGCAGGCAAUUUUUGGGAUCCUCGCAUAAAGUUGUGGUUUUAUCACCUAGGCAUAUGUGUGUGUCUAGUCACCUCAGUUUUCGCUUACACAAAAAUUUUUUUUACUUUGCGGCGUAAUCAGAUUCAGAUGCAUCAAAGACAACCGAGCCAAGCAAUUCCACCGAACAUAGAUCGAUACAGAAAGGCAGUGUACAGCGCGAUGUGGGUACAGGUAACAUUGGUUGUUUGUUAUCUGCCGUUUGCUGUAGUGGCAGCGUUAACACCUCAAAGAGGGAUGCCUUUGUCAAUUUAUCUUGCCAGGCAGUAUACAGGAACUGUAGUUUACUUAAACUCAACAUUGAACCCGCUCCUGUACUGUUGGAGGAUCAGAGAAGUAAGGAGAGUAGUAAAAGAUACAAUCAGGCGGUUCUGU